AUGUUAUUAGAGAAGCUGGUAAUCUCUUGGCGGAAAAAGGAGAGUCGACAUGAGAGACAAGCAGAAAGGGAGAGACUGUUUCUAGACAACGGAAGCAAGGUCUUGGAGAAGCUGGUUGCCACUUGUAAUGGCAAGCAUACUCCAAUCCGUAGCUUCUCCUACGAAGAACUCAGGUUAGAAACCGAUAACUUUGACUAUCAUCGUGUUCUUCAUGAUCAUCGUAUGGAAUAUCCUACAUGGUACAAGGGUUCUCUCAACAACCGAACAUGUUCCAUUAAGUACGAAAAUCGUGGGAUCGAGACAGUCGUCAACGAUAUCGCAAUUUCUGCAAAAGUAAGCGCUCACAAAAAUGUUUUAAAGCUAGUAGGGUGUUGUCUCGAGACUCAACCGCCCACUUUAGUAUAUGAAUCUGCCGAUGGGAUCCUUGCCGAUCGUAUCUAUGUUAUCAAAGACGAUGGAACUCGGAAAGAAUGUCAGCCCAUUGCAUGGCAGAGCAGGUUGAAGAUUGCAAGGGAGAUUGCUCAUGCUGUUGCAUAUCUCCACAACGCCUUCUCCAGACCCAUCAUUCAUAGGGAUAUAAACUUGGAAAAUAUCUUGUUAAACCAACACGAUGUUCCCAAACUGACUGGAUUCUGGGUCUCCAUUUCGAUCCCCGAGGGUGAAACUUAUGUAGAAGAUAGUCUGUGUGGGACUGCCGGGUACAUAUGCCCAAGCUAUUAUGCUACCGGCAGGGUAACAGAGAAAACAGAUGUCUAUAGUUUUGGAAUGCUGCUGUUGGAGAUUUUAACAUCGCAAUAUCCUCUUGAUUGUCGAGCAACGUCUGCUGAUGAUGAAGGAGAUCCGAGCUUCGUAAAUUACUUAAGAACUCGUGCAAUAAGUGAAAUUGUGGAUCCGGCAUUAAUGGUGGAUGGAUCAGAAAGUGGAGUAAUAGGUAGGGAGGAACAAUUGCAAAGUGUACUGCAGCUUGCCCUCACAUGCAUAGAUGAGGAUCCAGAGAUUAGGCCGACCAUGAUUGAUGUUACAGAAGAACUACGGCGGAUUGAGAGGUUCGUUUCAUAA